AUGAUACGCAGUGGAGCCGCAUUUAAUCCCAUGCGGCGCACUCCGCCACCGCCACCGUACAUGGAUACAUUCAACUUGGACCCAACGGAGUACAUUCGCGUACUCUCAGCGGAAGGCCACACAUUCGUCGUCCACCGUGACUGCGCUUGCUCCUCGCCGCUGCUGCGCAAAUGUCUCGCCAAUCGACUCGAUCCUGCGUUACCCACCGUACGUAUUUCUUGGGGCGACGAGGUUUCCACACGAAAAGACUCGGAAAGUACGGGAGAAUCACGAGAAGCGGGAGGUGAAGAGGCAACGACACCAAAGUCUGUUGGGAAUGUGGGAGAACAGAGAGGAGGGGAUCUUCGCCCACCCGUCAUUCACUUUCCGGAACUCCCCGCAGUGUGGUUGGAAGUGGUACUGCAGUAUUUACACCAUAAACACCGUUAUGAAGGAGAUACGGGCGAUAGGCCACCAUUCCACGUUCCUGUGGAAGGGGCAAUAGAAGUGAUGAAGGUCGCAGAGGUACUGCAAUGUUGA